AGCCCUAGAAGUCCAAAAAAAACAAAACACUUGAUCACCACUUCAGUGCAACUCCGAUUCCCAUUGCAGCUUACUAAAAUACGCCGCCGCCGCCGCCGCCGCCGCCGGCCUAAGUCAGAGACCCGCCGCAGCAGCAACAAGAAAACAUCUUUGAAAACAUUAAAUGCCUCUUCAGCAAUCUCCCCACAAUAAAAACCACCCAAGCCAUAUAUUGUCGGUGCCACCAGCCACCCAUAUGUGCAAAACCAAAAUGGCCGUCGACGCCGCCCAGCCCACCUCCUCCCCUCGACCCACAACCCAAUUGUCCGAAUCCGCCCGGACCCAGACCCGAACCCGAACCCAAACCCGACCCACCUUCCCCACCACCUCCUCCUCCUCCUCCGAGCCCUCCACCUCCAGCUCAAACACAAGCUACAAGCUCUCCUCCACCACCUCCACCUCCAGCCAAACCUCCCUCACCGGCUUCCGCCUCUCCCUCCCCGAAAACCCUAACCUCUACGACCUCUCCGAAAUCCACGCCGCCACCAACAACUUCCUCGCCAAGCGCUUCAGCUCCACCUCCUCCACCCCCUCCUGGCGCUGCACCCUCCGCGGCAGAGACGCCGUCGUUUUCCAGCGCAAGUUCCGCCGCAGGCUCGAAACCCAAGAACUCAAGAACCGGCUCUCCAUGCUCUGCCGCAGCCACCACACCUCCAUCGUCAAGCUCCUCGGCGCCUCCGUCUCCGGCGACAACAUCUUCUUGGUCUACGAAUUCGUAAGCAACUGCGCCAGCCUCGCCGCGUGUCUGAGAAACAAGAUCAACCCCAAUUUCACCGUGCUGUCGACGUGGGCGUCAAGAAUGCAGGUCGCCGCCGACCUCGCUCAGGGCCUCGAUUACGUUCACAACAAUACAGGCCUCAAUGUCACCAUAGUCCACAACCGCAUCAAGAGCAGCAGCUUUUUGGUGACGGAGCCUAAUUGCAAUGGCAGGAUAUGCCAUUUCGGGACUGCCCAGUUGUGCGGCGAGACCGAUUUCCAUACCCAGAUGGAUUCCAAGCCCAAAUCCGCAGUUUCGGGUGAGAUCAUUGAGGUGGGUGAAGAAAUGGGUCGGAGCCCGAAGUCGAAACUGGGACGAUCCGACAGCGGAAAAGCCCAAUUCGAAGGAGAGAGAGGGUACAUGUCGCCGGAGUUUCAGACCACCGGCGUCGCCACCCAAAAGUCCGACGUGUACGCAUUCGGGGUCGUAAUUCUGGAGCUGUUGUCGAGCCAGGAGCCGUUCAAGUACAAGUUCGAUAAAACCCGCGGUGAUUUUAUCAGAACCUCCGUCGUCGACUCCGCUCAAGCCGCCGUCGACAGCGGCGGUUUGAGGACGUGGGUGGAUAGCAGGCUGAAGGACUCGUUUCCCGUCGAUGUGGCCGAGAAGCUGACACGUCUGGCGCUGGAGUGCGUACACGUGGAGCCAGAUAAGCGACCCAGCAUGGGACGCGUGGCGGGGAAGAUCUCCAAGUUUUACUUGGAUUCCCGGACUUGGGCGGAGAAUUUGAGAAUGCCCACCGGAAUUUCGAUCUCGCUGGGUCCGAGAUGAUCGAAGGGGAAUUUUAAUUUAAAUUUUUUUUUUUUUUGUAUUUUUGUAAUUAUUUGAUUAUUAAGGUUCCAAAAAAAUGAGAGUGACAUAACUCAUUAUUGAACAUAAACAAUGAUACUCUGAUUUGACAAUGACAGCAGUUGGGAAUUAUGGAUAUUGUUUAUAGGGAUCAAGGCUGCUACUAAUAAAAAAUAGUGAUGAGAAUCGGAAGGACGAAGAUUUUGUUUUCAGACAAAUGUAUAUAAUUAUGUAGAUGAGUCAUUUUGUUUUGUA